AUGAAGCAGUUGAUACGAAAUGCGAUUUCCGUCGUAUUCGCCCCUUUGCGACCGAACAAUGGAUGUUUCGACUGGACAAGGAUAAGAGUCGACGAUAACAUCAAAGGCUUUCCAUUCGGUUACCACGAUCCAGCAUCAUUCAAGUCUGCUUCUGAACUUUGCAUUCAAAAUCUAGCCAAAGAGCUGAUCUGUGGAAAAGGAACUUUGACUCUAGGAUUAUAG